CGCGGCCACGUGUUGGAACUUGUUGUUCGGCCAGUUUACAACGCCAGCAGCGUUGCGAUGGACUGCCCAGACGACCGCACGUCGCAGCGGCAGCCGCGACGCGCAUGCUACUGUAAGACAUGGCGUUGUUUUGAACGCGUUCCGAACAGGUGGGCGCCAUGGCAAAAAGCUGGACCAAAAGCCAGUGCGCAACGUCGUCGGCCGGUUCCGUCGGUCCGCCCUUGCGCCAGAAGAGCGGAGACGAGCCGCGGCAUGCGAGCCUCCAGUACAAGAUCAGUCGCACUCAUCAUGCACGUCGGCGAUGAACGGCCAGGUUGCUCCCUUGUCUUCUUUCUACUCGUGUGUGCUCCGAUGAUGGCCGUCAAGAUGUCCUGGAGCGCGCAAUGGGCGGCGCUUGGCCCGAUGCUGAACGACAUCUUGGAAGAAUCGUGGAGGACACAGCUCGUGCAGCUCAUCGGGCCGAUCACAGGUAUCAUUGUUGCUCCGGCAGUCGGUGUGCACAGCGACCGCAACACGAGCAAAUACGGGCAACGCCGUCCAUACAUUUUUCUCUCGGCGCUGUCGACAAUUCUCUGUUGGUGCGUCAUGGCAUACGUCAAGGUGUGGUUUGAAGCCCAACCAACGAUGUUUGGCCUCCUCACGAUCCUGUGCUACGUGUGGAUGGACGUGACCGUGAACGUUCUCCAGACAGUGACGUUUCUCCUCAUCUCGGACGUUGCCGGUCCGCGUCAAGUCACAGGCUCGGCAAUCGCGCACAUGUACGGCAUCCUCGGUCAAAUGGUCGUGUCCAUGUACAUAUCCCUCGCGAAGAACCCUCGCAACGACCCGCAACCAUUUUUUGCCUUGCUCAUCUCCGUCAUGUUCCUCACUGUCAUGCCGGUGUGCUACUUUGUGCGGGAGAACCCAUGGGAAGCGAUGCGGCGAAUCGCUCCCGGCUCGACCCUGGAAAACGGCCCGUCCACCGCCUACCCAAUGCAGGCUGUCAGCAUCUGGACCGCGUGGUACGUCGGCAUCCGCACCCUGCCCGGGCCGCUUUUCGUGUACUGGCUGGCGGGGCUGUGUUUGCAAUAUGGGUACCAAAGCUACAACGGUGUCAAAACGAUCUUUUUUGGCGAGAACGUGUACAACGGCACGAAGCGGUCCCCGUUGUGCAUGACGGUGGAGUGCACUGCAGCCGACGACCUGUACACGGAAGGUGUCAACAUGGCGACGGGCGCUGCCGACCAAUUCUACAAUGCGCUCGCUAUGUUUACGCUGGUGUUUUUACCGCUGUUGGUGCAAAAGUUUGGUGUGCGCAACGUGAUCCAGUACACGUUUUUGCCGCACUGCUUGCUUUUGGCCAUGGCGCUGUACCAUCCCGUGGCAUUCUCGGUCAUCGUCGUGGGGCUCACGGCGCUCGGUCAAAUCACGGUGUUCGUGCUCCAAGUGCCGCUGAUCCUGCACGUGGCCGGCUUUCGCGACGAAAAGGUGCUCGGUCUCUACCUCGGCGCGUUCAACACAGCGACGUGUCUCGGCCAGAUGCUCAACUUUGCCACAGCCACGUUGGUCAAUUGGAUGUACUCGAGCGUUCGCGAUGGCAAUGUCCUCGCCAUCUUGAUCGGUGGUGUCUUCAGCGUGUGUGCUGUGCUCAUCAUCGUGUUCAAGUUCCACGUGAAGCUGCACAGUUGGUAGCUCCUGUUAGCCGGACCGAUCGCCGCGGCGAACUAUUUAUUGAUGUUCACGAAACACUAGAGUGAAUAUGGCGUUGUUCCUGAGCAGCGUCCGAGCGCAUCCGAGUUUGGUGUCGCGCAGGUGGGACGCCCGCCGACUUGCAACGGAC